AUGCCUUUGUGCACUUUUCAGCAGUGAAGUGACGUGGAGAAAGGGGAAAUUCCCCUAUAUAAGCAUGUUCAAAAACGAUAAAGGAAUGUGUUAUAGAUUUGAAAAAGAAAAGAAAUCCAACAAACUUAAAAAUCAAUGUAAAGCAACCUGAAAACUGUUAAUAUUUUUCCUUUGGGAAUCUAAUAUUCUAAAUGUUAGUACCCUUUAUGAAAGAAUUUCACCUACCUCCCUGCUUUCGCUUUCUUGAUAAGCUUUGUUUGGAGGCAUUUACUUCGAUAUUUGUGGGACCCAUCCCUAGCGGUGGGUCAUAAAACUCUGCUAAUCUGCCCGGCUGGGUGAACGUUCCAAUCCCACGAUUAGAUUGCCACAGAAAUGGCCAGUGCACGGAACCUUUUGCUGCUCUCCUCGUCGCGCUUGCACGGCCAUGGGUAUUUGGAGCACGCGCGCGGCCAACUGGAGGAUCUCUUCAAAAGUGCCAAUGUGAAGACGGUGCUCUUUGUGCCCUACGCUCUGCGGGAUCACGACAAGUACACUGCCACCGUCCGAGACGCCCUGAAGCCGUGGGGAUACAAUGUCGAGGGAUUGCACACGAAACCGGAUCGCGAGAAGGCCCUAAAAGAGGCCCAAGCCAUCUUUGUGGGUGGUGGCAAUACCUUCGUCCUGCUGCGCACUCUCUACGAGAUGCAGCUCCUCGAUCCGAUCAGGGAAUUGGUGCUCCAGCGUGGAUUACCCUAUGUAGGCAGCAGUGCAGGCACAAAUGUGGCCACUAGAUCCAUUCACACCACCAACGACAUGCCGGUGGCCUAUCCACCGAGUUUUGAGGCCUUGGCUCUGGUUCCCUUCAACAUCAAUCCGCAUUAUCUGGAUCCGGAGUUGGGCAGCCAGCACAAGGGUGAGACGCGGGAUGAGCGUAUCGAGGAGUUUGUGGCCUACCAUGGGCUGCCCGUUCUGGGUCUUCGAGAGGGCACCAGUGUUCGGGUUCAGGGGGAGAAGGCCACCCUCCUGGGCGAUCGCAAUGCCAAGCUUUUUAAGUCUGAUGGCGGCGCUGAAGAGCUAGCUCCCCAGGCGGAUCUCAGCUUCCUGCUGAAGAAAUAACUAAACCACAAUCACAGCGAUUGAGUUGAACAAAAAAGAAACAUUUAAACAUUUAAAUUUAUUGUACAUAUGCACAUACAUACACAAUUUGUAUUAUUCUGCAAUAACAACAAUUCCUACACGUAAACAGUA